AUGGAUUACACACAGUCAGACCCUUUCUAUGGGGCUGUUCCAGCUCAAAGUGCUGGGUCAGUCACUGGUGCCGGGGGCGUGGACUUAGAGUCUUUGGGUGGAAAUGUAGCAGGUCCUCUGGUGAAAGUUGAUGAUCCGCCUAAGUUUGAACUCGAGUCAUAUAUUGCGAACUACACUGGCCGAACCAGAUUCAAUCGACUGUUCCUCAUAGGCACAUGCUCCACUUAUCUCUCUGUCGAGGCAUUGAAAGCCGCAGUUGCAGAAGCCAAGGGCGGCAGGGAUGUUUCCAGAUACGAAAAUGCAGUUCGGGCACUUGCCGAAGUUGCACCCGGUGACCCUGAGGCAACACUUGAUACAAACUGGGUGGAUCAUAUGAAGAAGUCUGUUAAGGCGGAAACAGAUCGACUAGAACACGAGCUCAGAGGCUAUAAGAACAACCUGAUCAAAGAGAGCAUAAGGAUGGGCAACGAAGACCUCGGGCAACAUUACAAUCAGAUAGGUGACCUUGUGUCGGCUUCCAAAGCAUACUCUCGUAUGAGGGACUAUUGUACUACACCAACGCACAUUGCAUCGAUGCUGUUCAAGAUUAUUAAUGUCGCAAUUGAGCGCGGCGACUGGCUCAAUGUGCAGACGAAUGUGCACCGGCUACGCAAUCUGCAAUCGAAACAGGAGGAGCAAGCCAAAAACGAGCCCAAGAUGUCUGCUGCGCUGGGCCUUUCCCAGCUACACUCUGGUGCAUAUGUGGAUGCUGCGAACAGCUUCUUGGCCACCGAUCCGAGCUUAGGAGACUCUUACAACGAAGUACUCACAUCAAACGACGUUGCAGUCUACGGUGGGCUCUGCGCGCUGGCAUCAAUGGACCGCAAUGAGCUACAACGUCGCGUCCUCGACAACAAUUCUUUCCGCAACUUCCUUGAGCUGGAGCCGCACAUCCGCCGGGCGAUCUCAUUCUUCUGCAACUCUAAAUUCCGAGCCUGUCUUGAGAUUCUAGAAGCCUACAAGGCCGACUACCUCCUCGACGUCCACCUACAGCGCCAUGUCAAGACACUGUUCACGCGCAUCCGCACCAAGUCCAUCCAACAGUAUCUCGUACCCUUCAGCCGCGUGACCCUCGAAUCCAUGACGAAGAUGUUCGCCCCGGGAGUCAUAGGCGGCCAAGCCGACCCUACAGACUCCAACUCUCCCUUCGUGCAGGAGCUCAUCGAACUGAUUCAGGAUGGCACUCUCGACGCGCGCAUCGACUUGGAAAAGAAGGUGCUGGUCUCCAACCAGGUCAAUCUGCGCACUGACGUCCAGCAGUCCAUCCUGGAUAGUUUGGAUAAUUACAUCCGCGAAGCACAUAUUCGCGUUCUGCGAACUAACAUUAUCCAAGCCGGACUGGAGGUCCGUUCAGACGAGCGACGCCCGAGAGAUGACCGGGGAAAGGGCGGGGAUACCUUUGGCAAUUUCCUUCCGCGCGGUCCGGGGGUCAUGUAA